CAACGUUUUUGUUAUAUUACGCCCUCUCUUUAUCGCAGUGUCAUUCAUUCAUUGACCAAUGGCUUCUUCUUCUUCGCUCACACUCUUCUUCUGUCUCUUCUUCAUCUCUCUCUUCUUGUCUCUCUCCUCCUCCCUAAAUCCCCGCCGUCCGAUCUCAUCUCGAUCCAACGGCAUAGAUCUUUUCUCUUCUCGAAAUCUCGACCGUCCAUCUCUCACCGCCGAUGACAUCCACGAUCUUCUCCCUCGCUACGGAUUCCCCAAAGGUCUUCUUCCCGAUAACGUCAAGUCGUUCACUAUCUCCGACGACGGCGAUUUCACCGUUGACUUGACUUCUCCUUGCUACGUCCAUUUCUCCGAUCAACUCGUUUUUUACGGCAAGAACAUCGCCGGAAAACUCAGCUACGGGUCUGCUAGAGACGUCCGUGGGAUCCAAGCUAAAGAGGCUUUCCUUUGGUUGCCAAUCACCGCCAUGGAAUCUGAUCCAAGCUCUGCCACGGUUGUGUUCUCCGUCGGAUUCAUAUCCAAGACUUUACCGGUUUCCAUGUUUGAAAACGUUCCGUCUUGCUCAAGAAAACUGUAUCUUCAAGACUCUUGAAAUCCGCCUGAUUGGUCGAUUCCAAUGUCUGAAUAUGUAUUUCAAUUAAUUUGCUUUGUUCAUAAGUGUGAUAUUUGAACCUAAUAAGAUUAUGUUACAUUGCCA